AUGGAAGUCUACAUCGACGAUAUGCUCGUCAAGUCAGCUCAAGCCGCAAACCAUGUCGCACACCUGAAACAAUGUUUUGAUAUUAUGAACAAGUAUAGCAUGAAACUAAACCCGGCGAAAUGCACGUUUGGCGUCACUUCAGGCGAAUUCCUGGGAUACCUCGUUACAAAGCGCGGUAUAGAAGCCAAUCCGAAGCAGAUUUCGGCAAUCAUCAACCUUCCAUCUCCAAGGAACACCCGCGAGGUACAACGCCUAACUGGGCGUAUUGCCGCACUGAAUCGUUUCAUCUCUCGCUCAACGGAUAAGAGCUUGCCGUUUUAUCAGCUGCUUCGUGGAAACAAACGUUUUGAGUGGGACGAAACUUUGUAUCUCUACAUCGCCAUUUCUUUAUCAGCUUGCAAGCUCCACCCUUACUUCCAGUCUCACACUGUUGAAGUCCUGACGAAUCAGCCUCUCCUAACAAUCAUUGACAGCCCGAGCCAGUCAGGACGCCUUGCAAAAUGGGCAGUUGAGUUAAGCGAAUACGACAUUGAGUACAAAAAGCGCACCUGUGCAAAGUCUCAAGUUCUCGCAGACUUCCUUGUCGAACUCUCGCCUAAACUCGAAGUUGAUUCCCCUCCGCCUGAAAUCUGGACACUCGACGUUGAUGGCGCAUCGUCAAAAUUGGGCUCAGGAGCGGACGUACGCUUGACCUCAACAACUGGAGAAAUCCUUGAACAGUCAUUCAGUCUCACCUUCUCCGCUUCAAACAACGAUGCAGAGUAUGAAGAGUUGAUCGCUGGAUUGAUCCUCGCACACGGAAUCAGAGUCAAGAAAAUCCAAGCUUAUUGCGACUCUCAACUAGUCACGCAUCAGUUCAGUGGAGAUUAUGCGGCAAGACACGCGCGGAUGGACGCUUAUCUCAAGGUCGUUCGCGACUUAUCUCAAAAGUUUGAAUCCUUCGAAAUCAUCAAGAUUCCACGAAGUGACAAUGCUCCGGCUGACGCACUCGCGAUGCUCGCUUCUACUUCUGAUCCUGAUCUUCGAAGAGUCAUACUUGUGGAAAGCAUCGAGCAACCAAGUAUCGAUGUCAACUUAUUGCGCCUUCAAUAG